AUGUACAUACAUAUUAUACAGAAAAAAUGUGCUGCAAAAAAUAAUUACUAUUACCUCAAAAUUUGUGCAGAUGAAGAAGAGGAUAACAAUUAUCAUUAUGCAAACACACAGAGCAUUCUUUACUGGAUUGCUACAACUAUUUUUUCUUUGCUAAAAAUACUGGAUGAAAAUGAAGAUGUCAUUCGUCAACACAAUCCCAAAAAAAGAUGUCUAAGAAUGGAUAUGAUAUCAGAACAGUGUGAACUUUACAAAACUGCUCCACACAUAGGCAUCCAGAUUCUACCAAAUAGAUUAAAUGGUGAUUUCCUCUCCAGGCAUCUGCAGGUCAACUUAAAAUUGUACUACAAGAAAAGAAUAAUUAGUUGUAUUAAAAUACAACAACUUUUUUUUCUACAAGGUUUGGCCACUGUUCCAUGCAGUUACCUCAUACCCUUAUUAUACUUGGUAUAUUAA